CACCUCCACCAAGCAAGCCAUCGCGACAACUUUGUGUACAUUUACAUCACGCCGCCCGCCUCCACGAACGAACCACCAGGGACGUUGCGUACAUAGUCGCAUUGCUAGAGGCGCUGAAUAGGGUCCAAGCGAUGUUCCUCUCCUGCAGCAUUAGCCAACUUGCGCAUCGGCUGAGGUAGCCGCCUGUGAUCGGGGAAGCAGUUGCGCUUCUCACCGCGCAUGCGACCACGCUUGCGAUCUCUCACCGCGACCUCAUCCAACCCCCGCCCUCCGCCGCUUCACCUACCAACUUAAUGAUCUUCCACCCUUUUCACACGUCCUACUGGAAAUAUCACCGCCCGCCUGCGACGUCGUCUCCCUGCGACAGAUUUCUGCAGCAGAAAUAGACGCAGCACAUAAUGUCGGGCUCCGAACCACCAGAAGCCACAGUGGAGACAACGCGAUCACUCAAGCGCAAACAUCUGUCGAACGACCAACAAGAUGACGUCGAUAAGCUGGACAAGAUAUUCAAACGUAUCAAAGCCGCCGUCCCGCGCGUGCCCUACAUACUCUCUACACCCUCCAUGGACCCGUACAGAUACCACUCACAACAAGAAGCCAAUGCUUGGAUGAUGGGGCGUCUAUGGCGCCAUGACGAGGAGCACAUGCAGUACCGGACCUAUCUCUACCGCGAACCCUGCCAAGACUGCUUCGAGCUACAGGCGGGAGAAGAGGAUGAGCCCGAGCCGCAGCGGGCAAAAUCGCAGGCGUCGAAUACAGGCAAUCAAGCGGUCAAGAAAAAGAUGAACCUCUCGGCGUUCAAAGUGAAGCAAGCCAACGGCACCGUUACUCCUGGGUCAAAGGUCGUCUCUCCCAAUCUCGACCCAGCGAAGCACGCAUCGGAGCAAUCCAGUAGCGUCAAAAAGUCGGAGAAGCUGUCUGAUCCGGCGCAGAGCAAGAUGCCCAAGUCGCCCAAACAAUCUUCCAAUGACCCACGCGAAGGGCAGAGAGAAGACAAGACCAACCACGAUAGUCCUCACUCCGACCAACAGCAGCGGCCUCUGUCAUCACCCCGAAAAAGUGAUUCGUCUGAGACGAUGAUCAAAAUCGACAAACCGAACGCCUCGAAUGCUUUGGCGCAUGGGUUGCCUCCACUAUUAUCGCCAGUGCAUGACCCUCUGGACAAUCCUUAUGGACUCCCCAAUAUCCUAUCACCUACGCUACCCUCCAACAUUCAGGCAGAGCUAGACAGAUUGGAGGUACAGCGGACACGAGCCGCUUCAAAUGCGUCUACAUCUUCGUCAGACCGGAAGAGCACAUUGAGUGUGCCGGAUGCACGGUCUAAGGGCCAUCAUAGCAUUGUAAAGUCUGAAACUCGCCCACGAUCAGUAUCCUUGAAUGGAAACUCGCCCAAAAUCUCGCCCAAAACCCAAGCUACCAGUGGGACUGAAGAUACCGACUCCAGUCUUGUUGUCAAACUGAAGUUUUCGAAAACGAAGGCGCCCACAGUCAAACAGAUCCUCCGCCUUCCUCCGAAGAGAACAAAUGCCGGGAAGCAAGAUCGGCAAGAUAGUUCUAAAGAUCCCCCGGAAGAGGUGGUACCUAAGCCUGCAGAUGGUGUCACAAUCAAGAAGAAACAAAUACCCAAAGUUGCAGCACGUCGACAUGAUUCCACAACGCCCAGUUCUACGCCGGCGCCCACGUCUAGCACUAGGCCAAUAGUCACUGUCACCAAGCCCCCCGAGAAGCGCUUACGUACUGACGACGAUGUGUCCUCGGUCGCCACCGCGAAACGUCAAAAGGUCCAGUCCAGCCAAGAUGGGCCGGUCACCCCUGCUCGACAGACUGUAUCUUCUCCAGCAUUGUCGAAUAAGUCUAGCGCACAGAAAAGCCAAUCCCAAUAUGGAACUCCAAAGAAAGAUCCCAAGGCAAUCGGUAUGCUGCGGACGAACUCGACUGAGAGUUAUGAUGCGACCCCUGGUCGUUCUGGCGCAACUCCCGCAGGGGCAAGGAUCGACGCAAAGGCCGGACCUACGUCUGCCCCGUUGAACGGCAAGAAGCAGGCUGAUAUAUCAUUGCUAGCCCAGACAUCAAUGAAGCUGAACCAAAUGGGACGCGCGCUCAAGCACGAAGCUACCAAGAUCCUCACUACAGCAGGCAACAAGCUCACCAAGCAAGAUGAGAAGCGUGCGGCCGUCAUCAACUUGGAGUGCAUCUUAUCUUACAUGGCAGCAUACUACGCUCAAGAUCUGUCACUAAACCUCCGUGGUCGGGCCGGAGAAGUCGAGCAAACCUGGAAGACGCUACUGCCAUUGUGUCUGUCUUAUGCUCGCAGCACAAAAGAAUUCAAGCACCUCGAUGGCCUCCGCUCUUAUCUCAGCUCCGUCAUCGCAUCUGCAAUCUGUACACAUGUCUCACAGCGCGCUGCCAACACGAGACCCCCCGAUUUCUCCCAGGAUAUCGCCCACGCCGAACUCGCGAAACAGCACGCCGCCCUAGCAGAGAACUUUGCUCUUCUAUCCGACCAUACAACGAAGAUGCACCGCCACUACCAAGAAGCUCGCGUUGCACUACCAAUGGAAGAUCUACAGAGCACCUACAGGAAAACCUACGCUGCGCGAGAGGCAAACGCCAAACUUGCUGGAGAGCCAGAAAAGGUCAGUGGCGCACGCAUGUCGGGACCUUACUUUCUUCCUAUAUCGACGGAUACAACUGCUAUUCAGGCAGUACGCUUCGGCCUCAAGUUUCUCAGCGAAUACUGUGAAAAGGAGAAACUCGAAUACAGCCUGCGCGUCAAUCUUGACAAGCCCGAGUAAUGCUCAAGGCUGCCUCGAUUCCCGCCACUAUCAACCUACACACUGCCAACAUGUCCUCACACAUCCUACUAGACACUCGAUUGCUUUCCCAUCUAGCGUUUGGCGUCAUCGACUCUACUGGCGGCAAACCUUUCAACUUACGGCCAAAAUUUCCUUUUGCAAACACAUAUACGUUUUUGUAUAUUGGCGUUCAUCACGGUAUCCUAUUUUUUUUAUUUUUUUUGCUUUGCCUGCGACUGGGGAAACGGGUUCGGUUCGGACUGUAUCUUGCACAGUGAUACCCGUGAGGUGGGGACUGGACGAUUUUUACUUUUUCUUCGCCCAGGACCUGCCUCCACUGCUUUAUGCUUUUGCCCAUUUACUUUUCGACAUGAGGGGGGGA